CAUAGCGCGGCUGAAGUACUUAAAUUAGAACUUGUUUAAAAUAAAACUUGCAUACAUUUAAAAAAAAAAAAAGUUUUUUAAAUCGCUUCAUUUGUAACGUUUUAAGAAGAUACAUUGUAGAACGCAAAAUAAAAGCUGCAACUAUCUUUGAAUCUGACGAUUUAUUAGCACUUGAGGAUGCAUCUCAUCUUCAAGGGUUACAAGAGAAACGUUGCUUCGGAAUGAAUCCUUCUGUUGUUAACAACACACUUGGAAGGGAGGAAAUGGAGUGCAUCCUUUGGCCGAUAUCAGCAUUAAGGCUCUGGAAAUAAGGAGGAGGAGGGUCUGUCCUGCUAGGAGAAGGGAUUUGCCGACUAAAAAAGACCUGCAUCCGAGAAAGAGAAGUCAUUUAACAACCACUGCUCCUGCUGCCACAAACUCCCACAGCUCCACAAACUACAGAUUCAAAACCAAGAACGAAUAUAAGCAUGAAACUUUUGGUUAAAACUUAGUGAUUUUACGAUUUUAUUUUCUUUUUUUUUCUUUUUUUUUUCUUUUUGUUCCAGAACGGAACUUGAAUGAUUUAGUCAUCCUUAAAUUCGAUACAACAUCUUUUAUAGUUUUAAAAGAGAAUAUAUUUAAUAUUUAACAUUGAUCUUAGCCUAAAAUAUAUUUUUUUCGGAUUCGCUCUUCGGAAUUAUUUAACAGGUAUAUACUAAUCAGUCAGAAUUAUUAACCUAUUAAAUCGAUCCGAUGAUUAGUAUUAUUUGUAGUAUUAGUAUUAGUUAGGUUUAUUUUUGUCUUUCUUUUUUAUAGUACCAGUUUGUGGGGACAUUUAAAAACAAUGUUUUCCAAUGAAGUGAUUGUCUCCUUACUCGCCGUUAUGUGUCUGGUUGGGAUGCCCAGAGCUCAUGGAGCUGCAUGUGAAUCGAUCAGGAUCCCGAUGUGCAGGUCAAUGCCAUGGAACAUGACAAAAAUGCCGAACCAUCUACACCAUAGUACCCAGGCUAAUGCAAUCCUCGCAAUCGAGCAGUUCGAGGGCUUGCUGGGAACAAAAUGCAGUCCGGAUCUGCUUUUCUUUCUCUGCGCUAUGUAUGCACCGAUCUGCACCAUAGAUUUCCAGCAUGAUCCAAUAAAACCUUGCAAGUCGGUCUGCGAAAGGGCCAAAAGUGGCUGCGAACCUGUCAUGAAGAGAUACAAUCACACAUGGCCGGAGAGUCUCGCUUGCGAGGAUCUACCCGUUUAUGAUCGAGGGGUAUGCAUCUCACCGGAGGCAAUAGUCACGGCAGAAGGACCAGAGUCAAUGCCAGAUUUCCCAAUGGACUCUCACAAUGGUAACUGCAGAGGCACUAACACUGAACGCUGCAAGUGCAAACCAAUUAAACCCAAUCAAAAGACGUACAUACGAAACAAUUACAAUUAUGUCAUUCGAGCAAAAGUGAAGGAAGUGAGAAGCAGGUGCCAUGACGUGAGUGCAGUGGUUGAGGUGAAGGAGAUCCUCAAGUCCUCCCUUGUGAAUAUUCCCCGAGACAUAGUGACACUCUACUCCAGCUCAGGCUGCUUGUGCCCACCACUAAAUGCCAAUGAGGAGUAUAUUAUCAUGGGCUACGAGAGUGAGGAACAAUCCAGGUUACUCUUGGUUGAAGGUUCUAUUGCUGAGAAGUGGAAGGACCGUCUUGGUAAAAAAGUGAAGCGCUGGGAUCAGAAACUUCGCAACCCAGGAAGGGUAAAGAGUGAAUCAGUCUCUGGCAAAACCAACACAAAACAAAGUCGUCACUAAAUGCAACAAUUUAUGCAGAAUCAGAAGGAUGAAACAUUGAGAAUGGCAUUCUUGAAGCAGCAAAGCAGCAAAGAAGAAAUUGCACUAUUGCACGUUUUUGUUCUAAUGUUGACUAUGAAUUUUAGUUGUUGUUUUUUUGGGGGGGGGGGGGCUUUUAUUUUUUUUUAUUCUUUUGCACGAAAAAUAGAUUAUUUUACUGCAUUGUCUACACACCGUGGAAACUGGCUUUGCAGGAAAAUGAGUGAAAGAUAUGGUUAAACAUAUAUCUGAUGUCCCUUUACAAUGAUAACCUGAAGAACAAUUUUGGAUAUUUAUUGAAUGGGCAAAUAUGCUCAGAAUUGGAACUGUGGCUAGAGGAGAAUUAACCUGGUACACAAUAGCUCAACAGUGUCUGUGCUCGUUUAGCCUUACAGUGCAAUAUUUAACUAAAUGGAAUUUCAACUUAAGAGAUUUAGUAAAGUGGAGUAAGCAAACACUGUGAGCCAAAAGGACAGUUUUUGGCAAGGUUUGAUGAUAGAAGACUGGGUAUAAUGACUUCAAGGAUAAAAAUCACCAUGCUUUAUUAUUAUGUUAGAUUUGAUUCCUUUUUUAUUGUAGUCAAUUGUACAUACCUAUUGUUAUCCAAUUAACAUUGCCUUCUGUUUCAGUUCAACAUGCUUGUAUUAAACACCUUGGAGUUAAUUACAGCAUAGAAAGCAUAACUAUGUUUGUGAAUAAUUCAACUGCAUUUCCAAUUUCUAUUGUUUUAAUAACCAAUUGCAAAAAUAUGAUGUUUUCAGUUUUGAACUCUUGUUCAACUUAGUUUGUAAACUUAACAGACUUGUGUUCUAGAAAACUCCUGCGCUUUGUUAUUUGAAAUAUAUGACACUUAUUUUGACUAGAAAAUCUUGUUCAUUGAUUGCAAAACAUGCUUAAUCAAACGAAAAGGACAUUCAUAGAGAUCUAACCUUUUAAUUUCACAGAGGUUAGAAAGAAAUCGCUGUUAACAGAUCAUUUACUAAAAUUCCUAUACAUUUGUUAUCAGCAGUACAUUUAACAUAGCAUGGCAAGGUAUAGGAAGUAUAAACAAAUUCUGUAGCCUUUUAAUGCAAAACUGAACAGAAAUGACGUAGAUGGUGUUGAACAGUAACAGUAUAGAAACAAGCUUACACAUUGCAGUUAUAAUGUUACUAAUAUUUAACAUUUUGUAUAUACUUAAGAUAUGCAACACUGGUAAGGAAAUACAUUACCAAAAAUCAUACUGUGUUGAGAAUAUGACAAAUCUUAUAAUCAGCAACGUGCAAAAUGAAUUGUAGCAUCAUUAUGGAUGAAGCACAAAGGCAAAAUGUCAUUAGAAAAUAUAUUCAUUAUUUUCUGGGUUUGGCUUCGUAGCACUGCUUGUGUAUACAAUAAUGUUUUUGUUUUUUUUGCAGCAGACAGUAUCAAAAGUGUUGUACCAUGUGCGUAUUUACAUGUUGUCAAGCAAGUGAUGCUAAUCAGGCAAUGGGCUAUAAAAUAAAAGCCUUCAGCUUGUAAACAUUUGUUUAGUGUACUCACUAUCUGGUAUUUGAUUUUAUUACACCUUAACAUAAAUCUGGCUUGGAUUACCUUUAAUAACAGCUCAUAAAUAUCUCAAAGUACAUUGGGGAAUUAAUCCAGAAACAACAGUGGCUUUUCACUUGAAAUAUUUUUGUUCUUAUUUAAUAAUGUUCUUAAUUUGGUACUUUUUGGUCAUAUUUAAUCUUAAUUUGUUGAACUAUAUCCUAGAAUCAACUUUCCCUGGAGUGUAUUUUAAUAAUUGGCACUUUAACCAUGAGGAACAUAAAUAAAACCAGAGAUAAAAGCCAAAGUCAAUAUGCUGCCAUUGCACUGGAUACAUAUCAGUUGGCAGGAGCAGUCAGUGAACCCAUAAUACAACGUAGACUGUGCUACCCUCUUUAGCUUUGAGAGUGAAUAAAAGGUCAAGUAUUACCAGAUGCCUGGCCUGGAUGUGGGAAUUUAUUAUUCCAGGUCAAUCCUUCUACAGUAUUGGGGCUCAUAGGCUUGGAAUUAAUCAAUAAACAUGUUCACAUUUUCUAUCUGUAUAGCCUGCAUU